UCGACGGCUUGUUGCUUGACAGCUACUCAGUGAAUGUCUUAAUUUUCCUUUUCCACAAUAAAGCGUUCUGCUACACAGAAUACUUCGAUUCAAUUAAGUUGAAUUCCCUUUGGACAGUUUUUGUGUUUCGUUUUCUAAUUGUGUGAGCAACGUGAAAGAAUAAAUGCAUGGAAAUGGAGCUGGAUCCUACCGACGCAGGGCAUGACGACAAAUACUAUGCCUACAAUCGGAUCAGUGCAUAUGACCCCAAUAUGUGCUCUACGGCACGGUUCAGCCCGCCGUACAACAAUGAACAAGUUACAGAAACGCAGGAAGGAGAUGGUUAUGAAAACGUAAUCCUAAUCCCUUGCACAACGACUGAAAAUGAAACCCAAUGCAUCGAACGCUCCACGAUAAGUACAAGCGAGAUCUGCUCUACUUAUACCGUCCCAGUUUCCGCGCGCCAAUAUGCAAAUCAGUUUGAGCCGCCACAUCAAGGUUUCUCCUCAACCCAGAACAAUGCUCGCGAAAGUCAAGUUAAAAACUAUCAGAGCGAACCCUUGGAGCCACAGAUAACCCAAAUAGUAUUACGGCAAUCCCCGAAUGGGACACUUUAUCACAACUAUUACGUAACGAGUAAUGUAAAAGUUGAACUUAUGUCGAGCUCGGGGGACAAUACGUUUCGUGAAAACUUUGUUGCAGUGAAGGGAAGCGAGCGUGAAACUCAACAAGAGUAUGCUUACGGCACUAAAAUAGCGCCCAAUGGUGAACUUAUAGGUCAUCUUUCAGAUGCCAAUUUCGUUCAAUUGGGUCAUGGUCUCAUCGCGGAGCAAAGUCAAGAAGAGUUUCUUUCGGCAACUUACAAUGCAAUCCCUCCUUCGAACACCGCCAUAACUCUGCAUGACAAAGAUCCACAGCGACUGCUUCUGGAAAGCACAAUGUCGCCUCUACUUGCUGCCGUGAAUGACAUAACACAAAGAGAUGCUGAAUUGCAAUCAUAUUUGAAUCAAAGCCUAGGGAAGGAGACUGAGCUCGGAGUGUUCAACCGCAAUACAGGUUUCAGAGAGCAGAGGGAUGAUUACGUGCAGACAAACCAAUCGGAACAAGUUGGGACAAAUGAUGCAAGUUCAGCGCGAAACAGUUUGCAAGUCGAGAAUGAUGAAGAAGAUUUUCUGUUGGUCACAGAUAAACCCGUGGAGAGUAGAGCGAGAGCUAGUCUUCCGACAAAUUAUUUGUAUUUCGGGAACAGUCCUGACAAUUCAAACGGGGAUAUUUCAGUUUUCGCCAAACGAGAGAUCCCAGCACGCACAAAAUUCGGGCCAUUUGAGGGUGAACUCCGCUUAUCCAGUGAUGUAAUAUCUGACGUGCUUUUAAUCCAAGCAUCCAACACCUAUCCCCUGCUUCUAAUCAACGAUACUCAUAUACUGGACGUUUCUAACGAAAAUACAUGUAACUGGAUGCGAUUCGUAAGAUUGGCGAAAAAUUACACAGAACAAAACUUGCUACUAUUCGAAGAAUCCGGGAAACUUUACUUCAGAUCCUGUCAAGUGAUUCAUGCGAAACAAGAAAUCAAAGUCGGAUACAGUGAAUCAUAUGCGAAACACUACGAUUUAAAAACCAUCAGUCCUACGGAGUCGGAACUUCGGGAAAUAUUCAACCGAGAUCACCCUUGGCCAUGUUUUGAAUGCGAUGAACGCUUUUCAUCAUCAAAAGAUCUGCAGAAUCACUUGAGCAUUCAUGACAUUGACGAUGAAUUGGUUAAGCCGAAAAUCUCUCGCAGAAAGAAGAAAAUACGCAACAAACAUUUAGUGGAUAUUCGGAAAAAUUCUAUUCGCUGCCUCUACUGUAACAAAGUGUUCAUGACUAAUUCUAGUUUGAAAAAGCAUAUUAGUGGACACUUAACUGGACGCCGAACAGUCAGCAACAGAAAUUGCUACCCAUAUAAAAUAUUCCGAUGUGAAACGUGUUAUAAGAAGUUCGCCACGGAUGAUAAACUUAAGGCUCAUCGACUAGUCCAUAUUAAAAAUGAUUCAAAGCCCUUCAAAUGCUCUCAUUGUAAUCGAUGCUGCUCAACUCCAACCGCAUUGACUGCUCAUCUCACCAGCCACAGCCUUAGAUACUUCAGUUGUGUUUUUUGUGCUGAGAAAUUUACAAACGUUUCGGAAUUCAGGAAUCACAUAGUGACACAUUCAGUCAAUGGAACGUAUUCAUGCCAAUGGUGUAAAAAGAAAUACUCAGAAUAUCAUUUAGUCAGAAAACAUGUUCGUAUCUUUCAUCAGUCCUUUAAAUAUCCUUGUAACGAAUGUGGUCGCAAAUUCCCAAAUCUGACAUUUUUAAAACGUCACAAACUAUGCCAUUCAGAGAAAUUUGAAUAUCUAUGUUCUCAAUGUGGGAAGCAAUUCAAGCGCAAAGAUAAACUUCGUGAACAUAUUCAACGUAUUCAUUCAGAAAAACGAAAACAUCGCAUUACUAAAAGAAUUUCUGUUACUACUUCCCCGGAACGAAGCCCAGACCAAGAAUCUAGUGAACAUAAUCCCACAUGUUACGAGUGGAAUUCCAAAAGAAUCAAUCAGCGAGAACAAGACACUAUACAAGCUAAGCCUUUAGAGGAUUAUCGUAACUACAUGUAUAAAUGCGACGAUUGUAUGCUUGGAUUCAAGCGACGUGGUAUGCUCGUAAAUCACAUGGUGAAACGACAUCCAAAUGUCUCGAUUGAAUCUAUUCCUGAACUCAAUCUUCCGAUUUUGAAGCCGCAAUCAUUAUUUUUCUGUCAAUACUGUUCGAAAGUAUAUAAAAGUAAUGCAAAGAGAAAGCUACAUAUACUUAAAAAUCACCCCGGCGAAGAGCUACCACCCUCUGCACGUACUGUUACGGAACCUUCCCAAAUCAACGCUAGAACAGUAGGUAAUUUGCCGAUGGAACCUCAUCGAUGUCACUGGUGCUAUAAGCAAUACGCUGCGCGUAAUCGGCUCGUCGCUCAUCAUCGCAAGGCUCAUCCUGAUCUGGAGUUCAUUCCUAGCACCGUGCUUCAUUCGUCGCAAUCACAUGACUAUAUGGAAACUACAACAACUACCCUAACAUCUGCUCCCGCGCCUCAUCCUACCUUGGAACCACCCAUGGAUGUUUAUCGACCACCUUGUUCGCCGGAAAACAAGCUUCUAAAGCUAUCAUCAGCGGCACUAGAACUAUCAUCCAUUGAAGAUAGGAAAUUCUUUGAUCUUCUCAAUGAAAGAUCACAGAGUUCGUUACAGGAACAGACAUCAAUUCCAGAAGGUCAUGAUCAUCAUAACUUGAAUUUAGAUGAUAAUGGAAACGCAUUUUCUAAGGUCGAUGUUAAUUUCAAAGUGGUUGAAAGUGAAUUCGGAGAGAGUUCAUCGAAUGGAGAACUGAAUCGUUUACCACAGUUGUUUGAAGAGUCCAUAGCUUGUAUAUAAUGAAGUUUACAUUAAAGAGAA